AUACCUAAAGCACGUUGACUAGAAAGUAGCGAGCAACGUUGAGCAAGGUGGUGUAAAUUUUACUCCAUAUCGUUUUUUUAUAUGAAAUAAUAUAGUUAACAAUAUGUCAAAGUCUAAGGAAAAUAUAUCGGAAGUGACGGAAAAAAUGGGAGAAGUUGAAAUCGAAGAAACGGGUAAAAAAUUGACCCACAAGGAGAAGAAGAAGUUGAAAAAACAGCAAGAGUACGAAAAAACGGUGGAACGUAUGACCAAAACUGGUGGUCAGGGACACAGUGAAUUGGAAUCAAAUUUUACAGUUUCUCAAAGUCUUGCACAAAAUCGUGGUGCCCAACAGCUAGACAACGCAGUCGAUAUUAAAGUAGAGAAUUUCAGUAUCGCUGCAAAGGGUAAAGAAUUGUUUACGAAUGCAAGUUUACUCAUUGCACAGGGCAGACGGUACGGUCUAGUCGGACCAAAUGGUCAUGGAAAAACAACUUUGUUGCGUCACAUUGCUAAGCGAGCAUUUGCUAUUCCUCCAAAUAUCGAUGUCCUUUAUUGUGAACAAGAAGUUGUGGCUGACGAUACACCAGCUGUAGAAGUUGUACUUAAUGCCGAUGUGAAGUGCAAGGAACUCCAGAAAGAGUGUAAACUAUUGGAAGAAAAAGCAGAACAAGGAGAUGAGUCUGUUCAAGCAAGAUUGCAGGAGGUAUACGAAGAGCUGAAAGCGCUUGGUGCAGAUUCUGCAGAACCUAGAGCACGAAGAAUUCUUGCUGGUCUUGGAUUCAGUAAAUCAAUGCAAAACAGGGCAACGAAGAAUUUUUCGGGUGGUUGGAGAAUGCGAGUUUCUCUAGCGAGGGCUCUCUUUGUUGAGCCAACUUUAUUGUUGUUGGACGAGCCGACAAAUCAUUUGGAUCUGAACGCAGUCAUUUGGUUGGACAAUUAUCUCCAAGGAUGGAAGAAAACUUUGCUCAUAGUUUCUCACGACCAGAGCUUUCUGGACAACGUUUGUACUGAUAUUAUUCAUUUGGAUCAGUUCAAGCUAUUCUAUUAUAAAGGCAAUUACAGCAUGUUCAAGAAAAUGUAUGUUCAAAAGAGAAAAGAAAUGAUCAAAGCCUACGAGAAGCAAGAAAAACGAAUAAAAGACAUGAAAGCAUCGGGUCAGAGUAAAAAAGCAGCUGAGAAAAAGCAAAAGGAAGUUUUAACAAGAAAGCAAGAAAAGAAUAAAACUAAAUUGCAGAAAAAUGAGGAAGAAACUGGACCGCAAGAACUGUUAGCAAGACCACGAGAAUAUAUAGUUAAAUUUAGUUUCCCGGAUCCACCGCCUUUACAACCACCCAUUCUUGGGCUUCACAACGUUACGUUCGCUUACGAGGGCCAAAAACCCCUAUUGAUCGAUGUCGAUUUUGGUAUCGAUUUGUCUUCUCGAGUAGCUAUCGUUGGUCCCAAUGGGGUCGGAAAAUCUACGUUCCUGAAACUAUUGACUGGUGAUCUUAGUCCGAAUUCUGGAGAACUUAUUAAAAAUCAUCGAUUGAGGAUCGGCAGAUUUGAUCAGCAUUCAGGAGAGCAUUUGACAGCGGAAGAAACGCCAUCCGAGUAUUUGAUGCGUUUGUUUGAUUUGCAAUACGAAAAGGCACGGAAGCAAUUGGGAACAUUUGGCCUGAGUUCGCACGCUCAUACGAUACAAAUGAAAGAUUUAUCAGGUGGACAGAAGGCUCGUGUUGCGCUGGCUGAGUUAUGCUUAAACGCACCAGACGUGGUGAUUCUUGACGAGCCGACGAAUAAUCUCGAUAUCGAAUCGAUUGAUGCACUUGCCGAUGCAAUAAACGGUUAUAAGGGUGGUGUUAUAAUAGUAUCUCACGACGAGCGCCUUAUCAGGGACACCGAGUGUUGCCUUUACGUUAUCGAGAAUCAGUCGAUCAACGAGAUCGAUGGUGACUUCGACGAUUACAGGAAAGAGCUGCUGGAGAGUUUGGGUGAGAUAAUCAACAAUCCGAGCAUAGCUGCGAACGCCGCGGUUCUUCAAUGACGGAAUCGAGGACUCUAGAUAUUUGGCAAAAAAAAAGAAGAAUAAAGGAAAUAUUUCGGAAACAAAAAAAGCAAAAACUUUCCGCGAAACGAAAUAGCGAUGAAAAAAUAAAUUAUAUAAUUCUAUAAAAUACAAAUGAUUGUUUGAAUCUUUGUUUUCUUCUUUCUUUGCGAAAUAAAAUAACGAAUUUUUUAUUAAAA